UCUGCUAGCAUCUCAAAAUGAUGCUGCCUAAAGGUUUCAUCUUUGGCUUGAUGAGCCUUUGUCUUAUGAUCAGAUGCACUGGUGGUAAUGAGAGGUGUGUAGCCUCAAUUAGAGGGGCGUGUCCUCCUGAUUGGAGCCAGUGGGGUGACAAAUGCUACAGGAAACUCCCAGUGAAACUACCCUGGGCUGAGGCCAAAGAGGAGUGCAUCAAGAUGGGAAGUGUCUUGGUCAUGCCACAGUCUCAGGAGGAAACUGAGUUCCUCCUGAACAACCUAAUAUUCUACUUUUGGAUCAACUGUAACGAUCUUCAAGUUGAAGGUUCGUGGGAGUGUAAGGACGGUAUCACUGAUAUCAAGUACAGAAACUGGAGGGCUGGGGAACCUAGUAUCUCAGGAAUCUGGGAAGACUGUGUUGCGACAGACAAGAGUGGUUGGAAUGAUGUACCAUGCAGUGAUCUCUCUCCAGUCAUCUGCGAACAACCUGCACCUCAGCUGCACUUUUAAACCUAGCAGAUAACAUCAGUAACUAAAAUUAAUGACUCAAGUGGGAAACAGUCAACUCCAUGGAAAAACCAUCAUUGUGGUGGCAAGACACUGUAUGUAUGUGCAUCUUCUUAAACUUGAGCCCAGCUGCUACCAAUUUUCUAUCAACAGUCUUGCCGAUUUUACUGAAUUUCAUAAAGCAAACAAACCAUGAGGGCACAAAAUGAUCAAAUUAGAAACUUGGAUCGACUGAAUUUAAGAAGCCCGAGAACUCAUGAAGGUUUUGAACCUUGAAAAUCUAAAGACAGAUGCUUACGUUAGGAUUAAGCUACGCAAACAAGGACAACACCUGCACAUAAACAUGCACAUGAGAGGUAAUCACUAACGACAACUACUGAGCAUUCAAUGCAUAGAACACACCUUUAAACACAACAUAAUGGUUAUAAUUC